AUUAGAAGCCAUGGGGUUCGUCAAGGUUGUUAAGAACAAGCCAUACUUCAAGCGGUUCCAGGUUAAAUACAGGAGACGAAGGGAGGGUAAGACCGAUUACUUCGCCAGAAAGAGGCUCAUAAUCCAGAACAAGAACAAAUACAACACCCCCAAAUACAGGCUGAUUGUUAGGUUUACCAACAAAGUUAUCAUCGCUCAGGUCGCUUAUGCUACCAUCGAGGGAGAUAAGAUUGUGUGUGACGCCAGAAGUUCCGAGCUGCCCAGAUACGGAAUCAAGGCUGGUCUGACCAACUACCCUGCUUCAUACGCUGUAGGACUCCUCCUCGCCAGGAGACUUAACCAGAAAUACGGACUCGAUGAGACUUACACUGGUGUGGAGGCUGUUGACGGAGAAGAGUACUUCGUUGAGAAGGAGGGAGAGAGGGGAGCAUUCUACUGUGUCCUCGACACUGGUCUCUCCAAGACCUCCUCCGGAGCUAGAAUCUUCGGAGUCUUGAAGGGAGCUGUUGAUGGUGGUCUCGAUAUCCCUCAUUCCUCAAAACGAUUCCCCGGAUACAACAUGGAGAGCGGUGACUACGAUGCCGGCGCCCACAGAGCCAGAAUUCUCGGAGCUCACGUCGGCAGCUACAUGCAGACCCUCCUUGACGAGGACGAAGAUGCCUAUAAGAGACAAUUCGCCGUCUACAAGAAGGAAGGUAUCAUGCCAGACAUGAUCGAGGAAAUGUACACCAAGGCACACGCUGCUAUCCGAGCCGAUCCAGUGGCCUCAGCCAAGAAAGAGAAGCCAGAUGAUUACAAACCCAAGAGUUACAAGAGGCAGAGAAUGUCCCUUCAACAACGCAAGGGAAGGGUCGCCCAACAGAAGGCUGCGUUCCUUGCGCUUCAUUAAUUUUAUUUGCAAAGAAUUUUUUAAACUAUCUGAACAAA